UAGAGUGGAUCGAGCGAGUAUAUAAUGAAUUUAAUAAUAGCAUUUCAUAGUUUAAAAUAUUUAAAAGAAUUCAUUAACAUGGUGCUUAGCGAUCAUAUUGCUAUUUGACAGCAUCGGAACACAAUAAGUUUGAGUUUUUUCUCUACACACGGUAUGAAAUAGUUGACGUACUCACUCUCGCAGUGUGUACAUAAGAUUCAAACCCAAAAUUUAGCGGUCGCCACCUGUGGGAUUGGCUUUCCAUAUUUAGCGUUAUGGGAGAGCAGGCCUUGCGUGUAUUGGCCUGUGGGGACGUGGAAGGAAGAAUUAAUGCUUUAUUCAACCGCGUGAGGACCAUUCAGAAGAAGAGCGGGCAGUUUGAUUUGCUGCUCUGCGUUGGAGAUUUCUUUGGUUCGUCUGCAGAGGCUCAAGCAGAGUGGGAGGAGUAUAAAUCGGGAGCGAAGAAAGCCCCCAUUCACACUUAUGUGCUUGGGGCUGCAAGCUAUGACACGGUCAAGUAUUUCCCCAGUGCAGAUGGAUGUGAGUUGGCUGAGAACAUCAUCUAUCUGGGCCGCAGGGGGAUCUUCACCGGCGCGUCUGGGCUCCAGAUCGCCUACGUGAGCGGGCGGGAAGCCCGGCAGGAGCCUGCGCCGUCACACUGCUUCUCCCCCAAAGAUCUGUCCGCCCUGGUCGAGCCCCUGGUGUGCAGCUCCAAGUUUAAAGGGGUGGACAUCCUGCUCACGUCCCAGUGGCCUCAUGGUGUCUGGCAGUAUGGCAACAACCCUGAAGUGGAUCCAAGGUAUUGUGGAGUGUCCUCUAUCGCCAGCCUUGCGUACCAGCUGAAGCCACGCUAUCACUUCGCAGGUGUGGAGGGAGUCAACUACGAGAGGCUGCCUUACAGGAACCACCUAGUCCUUCAGGAGAAUGCUCAGCACGUUAGUCGGUUCAUUGCACUCGCUACAGUCAACAAUCCUGCCAAGAAGAAGUAUCUAUAUGCUUUCAACAUCGUUCCCAUGAAGAACAUGGACCCUGCAGAACUAGUUAAACAACCCCAGGACGUCACAGAGAAUCCCUACAGAAGACCUGUCAAGGAUGGACAGAAACCUAUCCAUGCAGCUGAGGAGCCAGCGUCUCAGUAUUUCUUUGACCUGAAAAAGAAGCCACAGGGGGCAGGGGGGGGGCAGGGGCAGGAGCUGGGCAGGAAGAGGCAGUCGGAUGGAGACAGCUUUCCAGAUAGACAGCACCACCAGCAGCCCAAACAGCCACGCAAGCCCCCUCAGCCUACCGGGCCCUGCUGGUUCUGUCUGGCCAGUCCAGAGGUGGAGAAGCACCUGGUUGUCAGCAUCGGAACACACUGUUAUCUGGCCCUGGCCAAAGGCUGUCUGACCCCGGACCACCUGCUCGUGCUGCCCAUUGGCCACUACCAGUCGGUGGUGGAGCUGGCGUCCGAGGUGGUGGAGGAGCUGGACAAGUACAAGAGCGCCGUGCGCAAGUUCUACAAGAGCCUCGGCAAACGCUGUGUGCUCUUCGAGAGGAACUACCGCAGCCAGCACCUCCAGCUACAGGCAGUCCCAGUGCCGCUGGAUAAAUGUGCUACGGAGGACCUGAAAGAAGCCUUCAUGGUGCAGGCACAAGAGCAGCAAAUUGAGCUCAUGGAAAUUCCAGAACACACAGAUCUGAAGCAGAUUGCUCCUCCUGGGACUCCGUACUUCUAUGUGGAGCUGGACUCAGGAGAGAAGCUCUUCUACAGGAUAAAGAAGAACUUCCCCCUGCAGUUCGGACGAGAGGUGUUGGCCAGUGAGGCGGUGUUGAACAUCCCAACGCGGGCCGACUGGAAGGACUGUAAAUACACACGCGAAGAAGAGGAGGAGCUGACCAAACAGGUCCGCGGUCAGUUCCAGCCGUUUGACUUUACCAUGGAGGACUGACCGCACUUACUGCCCACCAUCUUACGACACGGACUCCACCCACUUCGCUCACCGCCCUCACUUCCUCUCCAAACAGGAACCUGGAGGUCUCCUCUGAAAAAGACUCUUUUCUAUUUUUUACUAUAGAGGAUUGACCAGUCCAGCACACACACUGACCUCUGACAAGUCUCUUCCCUCAGUGUUGAUCUCUGAAAGAGACUAUUGCCUGGCCCCACCCUCAGGUCCUCCCUGCCCUCUGGAGUUUUACUUUACUCUUCAUCAGCUUGGGGUGACUUCCUUAUUUUUUUUUCUCAUUUUUUUUUUUCUGUGGGGGUGGUAUUCAUGCUCUGUGUUUCCUGUCUUUCUCCCAUCGCCAUCUAUCUAAAUUGAUUCUUCACUGUCCUCGAUUAAAAGACUAUUAGCGUAGAGGAUUGACCGACACACACAAGACGGACCUUCCUCUCCAUAAUCCCCCCCCCUUAUGACACCUCUGUUCCCCAUGUCCUGCCAUUCUCAUGCAUCUUAAAUUGACCCUUUCUUUGAGGAAAGAAAAAGUAGUUUUAGUACUACAUGAAAAUUGACAACACCACUCUUGAUGAUUUAAGCACUUCUGAUUUUUAGGACACUCAAUUAGAAAAAGGCUCUGUUCUGUGCUUCAGUUAAAUGGUUACACAUUUGUGGUUCCACCUGCUGUGCGUGUGCGUGUACGUGUGCGUGUGUCAGGACAGGGAAGCACUUUGGAUAAACUUCUGAAGUUUGCUUACAAAAAGGACCCCAAAACUGCCCAUAUAAGGAAAUCCUGGUGCCAUCUUUGCCCAUAUAAGGAGAUCCAGAUCUCAUUAUUUGGGCGGAGAUGGCAGCUUUGGGUCAUUUUUGUAGGUGAAUUUCAGGCAGGUCCUUAAGGCUGUUUUAGGCUUUAGAUAAUCGACUGGAAUGGCUGACACCUGAACUGCACAGGAUCUGUUUGUGGUUCCUGUCCCUGAAAUGAAAGUCUUAUCUUUCUGUUUCUCUUUCUCACUCUUAUUGUUUUUUUAAUUUUUCUUUGUUUGUUUGUUCGUCUGUUGAAUGGGAGAAAAUAAGGGAGGUUAAAUGAGGAUGAUUGGAAUCUGGUACUUUCAACUUCAGAGUUUCCUGUUUUACAGUGUGUAGGCUACAAGGUCAAAAGGUCAAAUAAAGCACUGUUUGGGUGGGUGGAUCGGGGGCAUUAAGAUGGAGUAGAGUUGCCCUGUCCUUCAACACAGCUGGGUGGGUAGGUGGGGGCAUUAAAAUGGAGUGGAGUUGCCCUGUCUUUCAACACAGCAGUUUGUCUGAAGAAAGCGGUUUGCCUAAAAAUAAUUGUAGUCACUGAUGUCAUUACAAAUUUAGCCACUGAUUGAUUGGCUGUUUAUUUUUUAUUAAAUUUAAAUAUUUUUUGUCAUUUUCUAUUCUAGACACAAUUGUUUUUAUUGGUCUUUUCUUGGUUUUAAACUUAUUUUUGAGGUGUGGACAUUCACAUCAUUUUUUUUGUUGUUGUUUGGUAAGACUGUAAGGGUUUUGUACAUUUUCUUCAUCAUUAAAAUACCCCUUUGAAUGUA